AGUGUCCGGUGAACGCGGACCAGCAGGAGCGGACCCUGCUGACGGGCGUGUUCAGCGUCAGGAAGGGCAAGACCCAGCUGCACAAGUGGGCAGAGCGCCAGGUCCUCCUGUGUGGCACCUGUCUGAUUGUGGCCUCUGUCAAAGACAGCCUGACGGGGAAGAUGCACAUCCUGCCUCUGGUGGGGGGAAAGGUGGAGGAGGUGAAGAGGAGACAGCACUGUCUGAUGUUCAGCUCAGCUGGACCCCAGGCCCAGACAUACUUUGUUAACUUCGACACACUGGCAGACUAUCAGAGGUGGCAUCGGCAGGCUUCAAAAGUGGUUUCUCAGACCAUCAGCCUGGUGGAUCUGUCAUGCUACAGUCUGGAGGAGGUGCCAGAGUACCUGUUCUACAGCCAGGACAUCACCCACCUCAACCUCCGACACAACUUCAUGUCCCUGCAGGGCCCCGGAGGACUGCUCAACCUCCCCAGGUUUUCCCAGCUGAAGAGCCUGAACCUUUCGCAUAACCGCCUGGGAGUGUUUCCAGAGUCUGUCUGUGAGAUCCUCACCCUGACAGAGCUCAACCUCUCCUGUAACGGCAUGAACACAGUCCCCAGACAGAUAGGUAACCUCCAGAGUCUGCAGACCCUGUCUCUGGAUGGGAAUCACUUGAGCUUCCUGCCCGAAGAGCUUGGCGGCCUAGCUCAGCUCAGCAGCCUGGGGCUUUCCUUCAACAACUUCCCCCACAUCCCUGGUGUUCUGGAUAGGCUGAGCGGCAUGGACAGGCUAGCCAUGGCUGGGAACCGGGUGGAGACCCUGGAGCUGGGGAUCCUGGCCAGGAUGAGCCACCUCAAGAACAUCGACCUGCGGUGAGGAACUAGACCAGUCUGUACUCU